CAAGACACGGAUGACCGGCACAGCAACCACCAUAAGCAAGUUAUAGGCACGAACACAGAGCUAGGUUAAGGAUGUGAUGAUCAUGGGUAUAACAGGAAGCGAUAUAUUCUGCAGUCACGAUAUCGGUUAUAGUCUAGUCCUUGUUAUACAUUGCCCGCCUUUUGUGCAUACGUCUACAGGGGAAAAAAGAGCGUUCUCCAAGGCAUCACAUUCAAAGCUGUGUUGGGGACCGUCGGCCUGGUUACAGAGACCCAGUCAAAGAACGAGCGGUUAAGGUUUACACAGUGAAUCUAGAAAGCAAGUGUUUACUAGUUCAGAAUGUACACGCGCUUGGUGUUACUAAAGAAUUAUUGGAACUCUUCUGUUUAUAUGGAGAAAUAACCGACACAAAGUGAUGUAUAUGUGGAACUACUAGCCUUGCUGGCACCUUUGAUCAGCGUGCAAACUGGGGAUGGUAUAAAAGAAGGGAGCCAAGACGAGACAGGAAUAAACUUUUGUGUGUGAUACAGUGAUACGAUUGAUCACGGUAGGGCGUAGUGUAUAAGGAUGGGCAUGGUACCUAGCAUCAUAGAUGUAUGGGGCUUUGAUAGGGAGUUGGUUCACCUUCUUCUUCUUCAAGACGAAAGGCUCAAAAAUGAAAUGA